GUGCAAGUUAUUUCAAAAUUGGGUUGUGUAAAUACGUCAUUUUUAUCGAUCGACAUUGAAUUUAACAAAAUAAUCUGUCAUAAGCAUAGUUUUGAAAGAUAAAAAAGUCUAAGAUAGGAGAUGGACAGAGAUUAGCUAAAUAAGAUAGAAGAUGGCAAGUCGGCAGCUAAAUCAGGCUCUCCGUGACGCGGCUAAAGCCGGAGAUUUAGAAAAGGUCAGGAAUUAUCUUGCCUCUGGUGCUGAAAUUAACGCUGGACACUGGUAUUAUGGUGAUACUCCCUUACACUCAGCUGCUAGUGGUGGACAUCUCAACAUAGUGCAAUUGUUAUUAGAAAGAACAGAUAUAGAUCCAAAUAAAGAAAAUAAGGCUGGUGAAACUCUUUUACACUUAGCUACUAAAGGUAGACACUUCAACAUACUUCAAUUGUUAUUAGAAAGAACAGACAUCGAUCCAAAUAGAGAAAAUAAGUACGGUGAUACUACCUUACACAUAGCUACUAUUUAUGAACACCUUGAUAUUGUCCAAUUGUUAUUAGGAAGAACAGAUAUAGAUCCAAAUAAAGUAAAUAAGAGUGGGAAAACUCCGUUAUUCUCAGCUGUUCUAAACAGAGAUAUCGAAAUAGUUCAAUCCUUAUUAAACAGAACAGAUGUAGAUCCAAAUGAAAAAAAUACGGUAUGCAGUAUGUAUUAUCAACCAUUGAAAAGGCAGAUGGCACUGUCAGUAAAACAUAAACUGUAAUCUUAAACCCUUAAGUCCGUUUACAUAUAUAAGUCCUAAAAUAUGCGCAACAAUACCAAUAUAAGAUGGUUAUAUACGACGAUGAUGUUAUACAAUCGUAUUGCAAAAUCAUCGGCCGAACAUGACAUUUAUAAUAUUUUCCAUAUAUGCGCAUUCUUACCUAUUAUGGACGAUCGGAUACAUAACAAA